AUGAAUUCAAUUCGCUCAUGUAUUGAACAACAAUUAAAUGAAAUUGAAUUAUUACGUUGUUGUUAUUCAUCAUCAGAUGAAUUUUAUCUUGAUGAUAUUGAAGCAUUCAAUGAAGCAAAAGAAUUUAUUGAUGAAAAACGUGAGAAUAUUCAAAGAAAUCUUGGUUUUAUUCUUAAACUUCAUCUAAAUGAUAUUAAUACAUCUAUUGAACUUCAAUUUGUUUAUCCAUUUUAUUAUCCUGAAUCACCAGUUGAUAUUCAUUUACGUACAUAUUUAUCACGUGAAUGCUAUGAAAAAUUUAAUGAAGCUGUAAAAAAAUUUUUAAUUAAUAAAACAUCAUCACAAGAACCUUAUGUUAUGGAAUUUCUUUCAUGGAUUCAAGAUAAUCAAAUUCUUUUUAUUCUAUCGAAUGAUACAAUAUCUAAAACAACAAAUGAACAAAUUACAAAGAAAAAAAUCUUUUCUCGUCUUUGGAUUUAUAGUCAUCAUAUAUAUAAUACAGAAAAACGACGAAAUAUAAUUAAUUGGGCACAUGAAUUACAUUUAAAUGGUUUCUCUAUGCCUGGUAAACCUGGUAUUAUUUGUGUUGAAGGAGAAGAAUCUGAUGUUAAUGAAUAUUGGACACGUUUACGCAAUUUAACAUGGAAAAGAUUACAGAUGAAAGAAAAAGAAAUUUUAGGUGAUACAGAGGCAAAUAAUUUACGUUUCAAUCAAUUUCAAGAACUUGCUUUUGUUCAUGAUAAUCAUAGUAAACAUGAUUUAGGACAAUUAUAUCAAUAUUUACAUGAUAAACAAUUAGAUAGAAUGUUUAAUCUCUUUUUUGGUUUUGAUGGAACAGAUAAAAAAUAA